AGUUAAAAAAUUACAAAAGCUUAACCGUUAUCCACUUCGAAAUUGGCGCCUAUAAUCGAUAUACCGUCUAUCGAUUAUCACAUCAGCUGUUUAAGUGCCAUCGCUAAUUUCAAUUCAAUUUGUUUUAUUUUUGACAUAACACAUAAUAAAAAUGCAAAUAAUUAGGAAUUGCAGUAGUAAAUUACUCAAACACAAGUACCUGUGCCAGCCGAAGGUGUACUCUGUGUACUACAGCACAGUUAAAGAUGCGGCCAAGGAGCUGCCGUUGGCCGCCGGAUACCAGCCACGACCUGUGGAGCAGGCCUAUUGGGAGCGGGAGGAGCGGCAGGCGAAUCUGCCAAAAGCUUCAGCCAGUAGUUGCAAGCGGGGAACUUAUCGCAUGCUGCUCCCGCCGCCAAAUGUCACCGGCAACCUUCAUUUGGGGCACGCUCUGAUGGCCACCGUGCAGGAUGUGAUUGCACGCCAGCGACAGCAGCUUGGCUACCAGGUGGACUGGGUCCCAGGCACAGAUCACGCGGGGAUUGCCACCCAGGUGGUCGUGGAACGGACCAUAGCUGCAUCUCAGGGCAAAACGCGGCAGGACCUGGGUCGCCCAGCGUUCUUGGACGAAGUGUGGAAAUGGAAGGCGGACAAGGGUGCAGGCAUUGUGCAGGACCUUCGCCAACUCGGCUGCAAGCUCAACUGGCAGCGCGAGUACUUCACCAUGGACGAACAGCAGGCCCAUGCGGUGAACGUUGCCUUCGAGCGACUCUUCGACGAGGGCCUCAUCCGUCGACGCAACUCGCUGGUCAACUGGUCCACCAGCCUGCGCUCCGCCAUCUCCGACAUCGAGGUGGACGUUGUGGACAUUAAGGAACCAACGGAGAUCGCCGUUCCGGGCUACGAACAAAAUGUGCUAUUUGGCAGAAUCUAUGAUUUUGCCUAUCGUGUGGUGGAUGGUGAAACACUGGCCGAUGGUUCAGCAGAGGAGAUUGUGGUGUCUACGACCAGACCCGAGACUAUUUUGGGAGAUGUAGCAGUUGCCGUGCAUCCUCUGGAUCCACGAUACAGCAAGUACCGAAACGUUGAGGAGGUGAAGCUCAAGCAUCCCUUCCGUCAUGACACAAUUCCACUCGUUUUUGACAUCUCCGUGGAUCAGGAGUUUGGCACUGGAGCAGUGAAGAUCACUCCUGCCCACGACAAGUUCGACUUCGAGCUGGCCACUCGCCAUAAGUUGAAACCCCGCCAGGUGUUCAGCGAAACGGGACACGUGGUCGAGGCCUAUCCCGAAUUCAAGGGCAGGCCGCGUUUUGAGGCUAGAGAGCUGAUUGUGAACCGACUGGAGGAGAUGGAACUGCUGCGCCAGGUGCGCUCCCACAGCAUGCAAUUGCCGGUUUGCUCGCGUUCUAAGGAUGUUAUUGAGUACAUGAUCCUGCCGCAGUGGUUUCUCAAGUGCAAAGAUUUGGCCAACGAUGCUUUAUCCGAACUUCAUAGUGGGCGGCUGCAAAUCCAGCCCACAAGCUUCGAGACGGAGUGGGAACGCUGGUUGCAGGAUAGUCGCGACUGGUGCAUAUCCAGACAGUUGUGGUGGGGCCAUCAAGUGCCCGCCUAUCAGGUGACCGACUCCAAGGGCAACAGUCAAUGGGUGGCUGCCGUUAACGAGAAGGAAGCCAGACAAAAGGCCAUUCAGUUGGUGGGCAGCGAGGAGUUUACAUUGACGCGUGAUCCCGACGUGCUUGACACUUGGUUCUCCUCGUCACUGCUGCCAUUCUCGACGGCUGGCUGGCCCGAAGAGAGUUACAAGGAGCGGUAUCCACUGGACCUGAUGCAGACCGGCCACGACAUUCUCUUCUUUUGGGUGGCACGGAUGAUGAUGAUGGGUCUGAAGCUGACCGGCGAGGCUCCAUUCCAGAGAAUAUUGCUGAAUGGCAUUGUGUGCGAUGCCCAUGGCAGAAAGAUGUCCAAGAGUCUUGGAAACAUUGUGGCCCCACAACAGGUGGUCCAGGGCGCCAGUUUGGAGAGUCUGAAGUCUGGUCUAGAGCAAUCCUGCGAGGCGGGCAUCAUAAAGCCCACGGAGUUAAAGACUUCCACAGCUGGAAUGACCAAGAUGUUCCCCAAUGGCAUCCAGGAGUGCGGAACCGAUGCGUUGCGUUUUACUUUAAUGAGCCACAACAUCAAAAGCCAUUUCAUCAGCUUCGAUGUGAACGCCUGUCACACCAACAAGCUGUUCCUUAACAAGAUUUGGCAGGCGAUGAGGUUCACCCUGGGAUCCGCCAAGGGACUGGGCAUCUCGCUACAUCAGUUCGAGACAUUGGAAGGGGUAAAUUUGAGCAUGUGGGAUCGCUGGAUCAUAGGCCGCCUGGCGGAGACCUUGUCCAUUUGCUCGCAAAGCUACAGCAACUAUAAUUUCCACUUGGCCACGGCAGCUUUAAAGACCUUUUUCUAUCAAAAUCUCUGUGAUAUUUACUUGGAGACCACCAAAUCGGCGAUUGCAAAUCGCACUGCCAACGCCUACAUCCAUGUGGGCACUCUGACCGCCUGUCUUAGCUGGGGUCUUCAAGCCAUGGCCCCAUUUACUCCUUUUGUGGCUUCCGAGUUGCUGCAACAUGUGCCGCUUAACAUUGAGCUGAAGCUGUCCGACUACCAAGACGUUAAACUUGAGGAAGAGGUUAACGAAAUAGUGAACAUCUGCCAGAACGUGCGCCAGGUGAAGAGUCGCAACGAGAUUAGCAAGCGGCACCAGCCGCAACUCAGUUUGUUUGCCCAGAAUUCCGACUCGGAGGGCGUACUACGUCGCCACCUGCCUCAGAUUCAGGUCCUUACUCGCUGCGAAGGCGUGGAACUGGAACUGCUUGAUGAGAGCUCAAAGAUUUCCAAGCAACUAAGCUUCUUUUCGACGGCGGGCGCACUCUGUUCCUUUGGCUUGAAGGUGAGCGAUGGUUUGGCGGUGACGGCGGAGAAGCGUGACGAGAUGCAUGUGGCCAACAAAAAGAAACUCAAGAAGCUGGUCAAUGAGCUCCAGCGCUACCGCUUGCGUCUGGACAAUGAAGCCUUCCAGCUGAUGGCCGACAAGACUGUUAAAACGCAUUUCGAAAAUAAGGUCAAGGAGCUUGAGGCGGAAAUCAACAGUCUCACCCGAUUGGCAGUGUGAUCCUAAUCCAUCUCCAUUUACAAAUUCCUUUUAGAUAAUGUCUUUGUUAUUGUUAUAUAACCGACUGUUUGUUUUAGAAUUAAAGACUGCAAUAUUUAUUAAAUGCAUCUGUACAUUGUGAA